CCAAUCGCCUUUACUUUUGUUCAGACGUGGCCCGGUACUGGGUCACAUCCGGUUGUAUAUAUGUUGCCACGAGUUAGCGGCGAAUUUGGAGUGUCCAUUUUGAAGCUCAGAUCCGGCGUCUCCCUCUUCUUUCCCCCCCAAUCUAAAACUUGUGAACAACCCCCCCCUCCAGAAUGUGUGACACUGACAAUCUACUGAUGGAGACAUCGGAUCAGAACGGCAACGAGGGUGAGGAUGACCAGAACGGAGCAGGAACGGAGCUGAUGGCCGAGGAUGAGAGCGCCUCUGAUGGAGGAAAGAUCGAUGCCAGCAAAGGAGAGGAGGAUGCUGGUAAAAUGUUUGUGGGCGGCCUGAGCUGGGAGACGAACAAAAAAGACCUCAAGGACUAUUUCAGCAAGUUUGGUGAGGUGUCGGACUGCACCAUCAAAAUCGACUCAGCCAGCGGACGCUCUCGAGGCUUUGGCUUCGUUCUCUUCAAAGACGCAGCCAGCGUGGACAAGGUACUGGAGCAGGAACAGCACAGGCUGGAUGGCCGGCAGAUCGACCCUAAGAGGGCUUUAGCGAUGAAAAAGGAUCCUGUCAAGAAGAUCUUUGUCGGCGGCUUGAACCCCGAGGCUGCUGAGGAGAGCAUCAGGGAAUACUUCGGCAACUUUGGAGAGAUCGAAACGAUUGAGCUUCCUCUCGACCCCAAGUCAAAGAAGAGGAGGGGCUUCAUCUUCAUCACAUACAAAGAUGAGGCCAGUGUGAAGAAGUGCUUGGAGAAGAAGUACCACAACAUUGAGGGCGGAAGGUGUGAGCUGAAGAUCGCCCAACCUAAGGAGGUGUACCAGCAGCAGCAACAGCAGCAGCAGUAUGGAGGACGUGGUGGCGGUGGCUACAGCGGACGAGGAGGUAGAGGACGUGGAGGUCAGAGCCAGGGCUGGAACCAGGGCUAUGGAAGCUACUACAACCAAAGCUAUGGUAACCAAGGCUAUGGCUAUGGAGGAUACAGUGGCUACAGCAGCUAUGACUACCCUUCUGGUUACUAUGGAUACGGCCCUGGUUAUGACUACAGUCAGGGCAGUGUCAACUAUGGUAAGGCUCCAAGAAGGGGCCACCAGAGCACCUACAAGCCAUACUGAUGGUGUGACCAUGUGAGGAUCCAGUGAAACAGGCGGCCUGAUGGACAUCCUGGCCCCUAACACGACCUCUUUUAUGACAGAAGACCAUUUGUACAGAAAACAUCUGAAAUGUAACUUUUUUUUUUUCCCUUCCAUGUUUUAUUUGUUUUGCUUUCAUUUAUAGUUUCCCCCCCUUUUUUGUUUGUUUUUUCUUUCCCCUCCAACAUUUCCAUUGAAAGGAAGUGUAAUUUUACUGUACUUUUUGGUACCUGUUUUGAUUCUAAUGUUAUUGUAAGGGUAUUUUACAUGUCGGCUGCCUUUUACAGGUUGGAAAUGUUGGUGUUUAAGGAGCUUUUUUGACAAAUAAAAAAAAAACUUUUCAGUAAA